CGCGUCCCGGUGCGUCCUUCUCCGACUCGCGCGCGCCGUUCCCGCGUCUCCGCCCCGCAUCAAUUGUCCCAGUUCUCAUUGGCCGAAGUGGCUCCGGUCUCGGAAGUCGCUGGGCAAUGCUGGAGCAUCGCGGCGAGGGCAUGCCCCACGCCGGCGACGGGUGGAGACCUUGCGCGCACGCCGACUCUGCGUUGAAGCUCUUAGCUAACCUCAGACGCUUGCCCGCGCCCUCGCGACCCCGGUUAGGACUAACGACCCCAUCACCAAGACUUCGACUCUGUCGAACGGUCUUUCGGUCGUCUCGGAGACCAUUCCCGGCGCCUCGACCUCGACCGUUGGUCUCUGGAUCGAUGCCGGCUCGCGCGCCGACGCCGCGAACGCCUCGGGCACUGCUCACUUCCUCGAGGUGAGUUGAGGAAGGGUUGAGGAAGUCGGAGGACAAAUGUGGUCUUCAUGCAAAGGGAAGGGGUUGGGUUGCGAAGAGCAUGCGCGGGUGCACGUCCGUGUCUGCUGGGCGCCGAUGCGCGCGCUGUGUGCAGUGUGGAGCUGUUGCCAGCCCCAUUGUCAUCGCGCCUAUCACCGGCGAUGUAUUACCCCUCAUCGCACCUCGCAAUUCCCCGAAGUUGCCCUCGCUCCGCAUCUCCAGUGCUCGGCUAACAUCACAGCACCUCGCGUUCAAGGGCACCAAGUCGCGUUCCCAGAUGCAGCUCGAGCUCGAGGUUGAGAACCUCGGCGCUCACCUGAACGCGUACACCUCGCGCGAGCAGACCGUCUACUACGCCAAGGCGUUCGACAAGGACGUCCCCGCCGUCGUCAACAUUCUUUCCGACAUUCUCCAGAACUCGAAGCUCGACGAGUCGGCUAUCGAGCGCGAGCGCGACGUCAUCCUCCGCGAGCAGGAGGAGGUUGACAAGCAGCUCGAGGAGGUCGUCUUCGACCACCUCCACGCUAUCGCCUUCCAGGGCCACAAGCUCGGCAACACCAUCCUUGGCCCCAAGGAGCACAUCAACUCGAUCUCCAAGGCCGACCUCUCUGGCUACAUUGCCAAGAACUACACUGCCGACCGCAUGGCUCUUGUUGGUGCUGGCUCGAUCACGCACGAGGCCCUUGUUGAGCUCGCCAAGGAGAACUUUGCCUCGCUCCCCGUCUCGUCUAACCCCAUCCCCCUCGGCCAGGCCUCGCACGAGCCGACCCAGUUCACCGGCUCGGAGGUCCGCAUCCGUGACGACACUAUGUCGACCUGCAACAUCGCCAUCGCCGUCGAGGGUGUCGGAUGGCGCUCCCCCGACUACUGGCCGAUGCUCGUCAUGCAGUCGAUCUUCGGCAACUGGGACCGCUCGCUCGGUGCCUCGCCCCUCCUUUCGUCCCGGCUCAGCCACAUCAUCUCGUCGAACAACCUCGCCAACUCGUUCAUGUCCUUCUCGACCUCGUACUCGGACACCGGUCUCUGGGGCAUCUACGCCGUUUCGGAGAACCUCAUGAACCUUGACGACCUCACUCACUUCAUCAUGAAGGAGUGGCAGCGCAUGUCGAUCGGCCCCAGCACCGCUGAGGUUGAGCGCGCAAAGUCGCAGCUCAAGGCUUCGCUCCUCCUUGGCCUUGACGGCACCACCGCCAUCGCUGAGGACAUCGGUCGCCAGACCAUCACUACCGGCAAGCGCUACACUCCCAAGGAGAUUGAGCGCUACGUCAACGCUGUCACCGUCCAGGACAUCAAGCGCGUCGCCGAGAAGUACUUGUGGGACCGCCCGCUAUGCGUGAGCGCUAUCGGGCGUGUGGAGGGCCUCCUGGACUACAACAGGAUGUCUGCGGACAUGUCGUCGCUCACGUACUAGUGCUCGGGAGCGAGCAGAAAAUGUAGACCAAUGGUGCAUUGAAUACUGAGACACGCAAUAAUUGAAUAAAUCGUAAAUAUCUAGCGACCCACUGAUCUAACAACUGGC